UCGCCUUCUUCCAUCAUGCAGAAGAGCAAGGCACAGCGCAGAGCGAGCGAGCGAGCGAGGCCAGAGGAGGGAGGUGUUUGAUGAUCUCGCACGAAGUGAGAGUUUGGAUUUUUCCACCGCAAGGGAAGAGGAGGAGCAUUGCGAUCGGUGGAGCCAUUGAUUAGCAUGAGUAAGAAAGGGCGCUACUUGCUGUGCUCGAAGAAGUAUGGACAGCCUUUGUUCGCAGGGGCGUGGGUGAAGGGGAAGAAGAAGGGCGAUGGCGAUGGCGAUGGGAAAGAGGAAGCGGAGGAGGAAGGUUUGGUGCUGUUAGCGGGAGGCGGCGGGAACCAGCGGAGUGGUGUGCCGAAUAGCUUGCUGCUUGCGGAGUAUGAUUUCGAGUCCACCGUCUUGACGGAUGCGCUGGACACAUUCACCACGGCCGAUGACCCGCCCUACCGCAUGGCCGCGCAUCCGGCUGGGGAGGGAGUGGUCUGCAGCUUUGAGAAGGAUUGUAGAUUGUUUGAAGUGUGCCGAGAUGAUGCCAGUGGGAAAGUGAAAGUGGGGGUGGCAGAGCGGGAGAUCCAGGGUUUGCAGGGAGUUGGGGAGCAGAACUGUCUGGUGUUUAGUCCUGAUGGUACCUGUCUCGCGGCUGGUGGUGACGACGGACACUUGCGUGUGAUCGAGUGGGGGACAUUUAAGGUACUACUUGACAAAGCCGAAGCUCACAAGUCAAUUAAGGAUCUGGACUUUAGCUUGGACGGUUCAUUGGUAGCCUCGACAUCCGAUGAUAGCGCUUGUCGAAUUUGGGACAUGUCGGGAAAUUGUGUCUCUUCACUUCCUUCCGUGAGAGGGGAAGGUAUUGGGUUUGUGAGGUUCUCUCGAGAUGGUAGAAAGCCCUUACUGUAUGUAGCUGUGCGAAAAUAUGGGGCCGGUUUUGUGUCAGCAUUCGAUACCACCACUUGGAAGUUGACGACCUCGCACAAGCUACAAGAAGAUCCUAUCUCUGCCUUUUCUAUUUCUCGAGAUGGGAGGUUUCUUGCUAUUGGAAGCAGUGAGGGAGCUAUAUCGAUUGUCGAUGCUGCCAGUUUGUCAGUGUGUCAAACGUUGAAGCGUGCACAUAUGAUCUUUGUGACAUCCAUGGACUUUUCUCCAAGUGGUCGAGCUAUUUUGUCCGUAUCAGCAGAUUCUAGUGCACGCGUCACCCCAGUUGAACCGACCAACAGCGGCUCACGGCAGGGAUCUCUGCUCUUGCUUGUCAUAUUCUUUCUUUCUAUGUUAGUAGUUGUUUUAGGUAGAGAUGUGCUCCCUGAUUGGCAUCAUGAUCAGUCUCUAGCUGGUGUGCUUUCGGGUUUUCUUGCACGCUUAACUUCGUCCUCCAAGUUGAAUGUAACUAGCCAUGGCAAUUCUUGAAUAAUUUAGAUGCUCAACAUUGUGUUGAUUUAAACGUACAAUUGUAAACUUGCGGGAUUACGGUAUUAGUUGAUGAGGUCGCACUCCAGGUUUUUUGUUAUGUAAAUAAAUCUAAAUUCGGAAGGUUUCAUGUU